UGGCAGCGCACUGUCACUUUAAGCCGAGCACUCAGGAACCGGAGCGCUCGUUCAGCACAGCAGCAGCUGCAGCUCCCACUCCUGAGCCAGACACACCAGCACAGACAGGCUCCCUGUGCCCCCAGCUCAGCCGAGACCCGCUCCGGCGCGGCCGCCUCUAGCAGCGGGCGAGCUCCGCGCCAGCCAUGGAUCCGCUUCCCAAGGAAGGGGAGCCUGCCCCGGCGGCGCCGGGGGCCGGGGAGCCCAGCAGGGGCACUGCCUCCUCCAGCGGGGUGGUGGUGCAAGUCCGGGAGAAGAAGGGACCCCUUCGCGCUGCCAUCCCCUACAUGCCGUUCCCCGUGGCGGUCAUCUGCUUGUUCCUCAACACCUUCGUGCCAGGGCUGGGGACAUUUGUGUCUGCCUUCACUGUGCUGUGUGGAGCCCGGACUGACCUCCCCGACAGGCACAUGUGCUGCGUCUUCUGGCUGAACAUUGCCGCGGCGCUGAUUCAGAUUCUGACGGCUAUCGUGAUGGUUGGCUGGAUCAUGAGUAUAUUUUGGGGGAUGGACAUGGUCAUUCUUGCUAUUUCACAAGUGGAGCGGAGGUGCAGAGCAGCAGAUGGAGACCUUCACUGAUCCCUUUUAGAACCAGCGAUGAGGCAAACAUGACGUGGGUUAGGACUGGCACAGCCAGCACGUCGUGAUGGGCGGCCAAUCCCGAGGAGGGAGGAAAACAUUGGUAGAAUGAGAUGCUACUGUGGAAGAUGGCACUUCGACCGGCGGUGAGAAGAGUGGAGAUGCUGCUUUCUCCAGCCACUGGGUGUGAAGCAGCUGGAGAUAAUUGCCCUUCUUGUAGUUCACCAUUAAAGGAUACCAGCUGUGAACAUCAAGAUGAAGGAUAUAUUUAUAGAUAUAUGUCCAGUAUGUAAAAGCCAAAGCUGAGUGGUACCUUGUCUUCUGAGAGUCCUUUCUUCACUGUUUUGUGAUAACAGGGGCUCAGCUCAGCCUCUCCUUCUGUGUGUGUUUAUGAUGCUCACUGAACCUCUGUCGUUGCAGAUGCUCUGACGUUGUGCUUGUGGCUGCUCUAAAUCAUACUUUACUGGUGACCCAGGCUGUGAAUAUGCCCUACCUGCUUGUACCUGCUGAAAGAAGAGAAAAGACUGGACCUGCCAUGGGCCAGCAACAAACUGGUUCUUAGAAAGAACUGGGACACUGUGGUGUGACGUGUGCUUUGUGUGGGGGGUGGGUGGGUUGAGGCUUUGUGCUGUCUAAUGCUAACGGUUUAAACUGCUAUUUACAGAGACUAAAAUGCCCAUGAAAGAGACUUGUGGAUAAAUAGCACCAUAAUGUGGAAGUUAAUAUACUUACCGUGUGUGUUUUGUUGCCCAUGUUGCAUACUAUAGUGGUCUCGGUCCUCUUCCCAGUGGACAAGUGCCCAUAUUUCAAAGGCCACUGCAACAGAUGGCACUAACUGGACACCAUGUUAGCAGUCUUAGCCACAAGGCUAAGGGUGUACUGGGGCACGGAAAAUUAACUACCCUUUCAAGCCUAGAGUGGUGGUCCCUCCAGGUCAGGGUUAAGCCAUACUGAUAUUGUGAAGCACUGCCACUGGCUAAUCUUCAAAUAGAUGCAGCAGAAAGAAAGGGCUUAAGUCUCCAGGCCCCUCCAUCCAGCACACCAGAAUGAAAUUCAUGUGAAGACUGAUGGCCUGAUGUUCAGAGGGGCUGUGGGUGUUCAGCAGUUCUGAAUAUCAGCCCCUUAGGGCAUUGCGAACAAUGGACAGAACCAUGUUUGCCAGUCACUUUCCAUGUAUGAGAAGAUGAUGAGAGGAGCCAUUCAGCAACAAAAUCAUACUGCCAUUGCCACCUUUUGGGAACUAUCUUUUCAGCAAACUAGUUAAAAAUUCCCAUAGCCUUAAUCGAGAUGCCUCAAAACAGAGACACGUCCAAGUGCAAGAUUGCUCAGUA